AUGCUAACCAAUGAAAAAUACUGCGAACUGGAUUACCAACUACUGAACCACUGUUACUAUGCCCAUCAGAGAGCCAGUCAUUCUCCAUGGCCAGCACCCAAUUCUGCCUAUAAAGCUGUGCUAUCGGUCGCCCUGCACUACCUCUUUACCGCCACCGUCCCGCAUGCGACAUCCCACUGCUCUGGCCUCCCCUUUCCCUCCUCCUUUCCUCCCUCUGCGAUCCCUCUGCGCUCCCUCUUUGUCCUUCUCAACCCUAGCACCACCACCCACCGCACCCACUCCAGCACCUCAAGCUUAAUUUACCGCGCACCACGACUCAGGCUGAUUCGUUUUCUUUUUUUUUUUAUUUUGUUAUUUUCUUUCGUUUGUUGA